AUGGCGGUGACCACAGCAGAGGCAGUGUUUCUAAAACACAAGAUGGCUGAGCCCACAGCGGAGGCCGAAUUUCUGCCACCAAUACGAAGCAGAAGAACAAAUUCCUUGAAACCAUGGAUGAUUGCCCUUUUUGUUGCAGCUGUUGUGUUGGUUCUAGCAAUAAUCAUCGGUCUCCUUGUUUAUUUUUUGGCAUUUGAUCAGAAAAAGGUGCACUAUUUCCAAAUCUCCUUCCAGAUCCCCAGUAUUGAAUAUCAUCCAGAUUUUUCAGUAGAGCACUCAAAAAUUAGGACUGACCUGAAACAAAAAAUCAAUGAUGAGAUUGAUAAGAUAUUUCAAAAUUCCAGUUUAAAUCAUCAUUACAUCGAGUCUCAUGUUGUCAACUUCAGGUCAAGUGAUGAUGGUUUGAAAACAGAUGUAUUGCUUAAAUUUCACUUUCUUCCUAACAAUGCAGAAACAGUAAAAAGUCAAGCUGCUAACAUUUUGCAUCAGAAGUUAAAAUUAAAUGAAAGCUUCUUGAAGAUAGAUACUUCAUUGCCUUAUCUUAAAGGUUGUGGUUUAGGGAGGGAGUCUCCAUCCAUGGAAAAAAUUGCUAAUGGUUAUAUUGCAAAGAAAGCUGAUUGGCCAUGGCAAGCCAGCCUGCAAAUGGAUGGCACCCACUAUUGUGGUGCCUCUUUGAUCAGCGAGGAGUGGCUCCUGACUGCAGCGCAUUGCUUUGACACUUACAAAAACCCCAAACUCUGGACGGCUAGUUUUGGAACCACUCUAAGCCCUCCGCUAAUGAGAAGAAGGGUGCAGACAAUCGUCCUUCAUGAGAACUAUGCUGCCCAUAAGCACGAAGACGACAUCGCGGUGGUGAAGCUCUCCACUCCCGUCCUGUUUUCCGAAGAUGUGCACAGAGUCUGUCUCCCAGAUCCUGCAUUUGAAGUCUUGCCUAAGAGUAAAGUGUUUGUCACCGGAUGGGGAGCACUGAAAGUAAAAGGUCCUUUUCCCAAUACUCUUCGACAAGUUGAGGUAGAGAUCAUAAGUAAUGACAGAUGUAAUGAAGUUCAUGUAUACGGUGGUGCUGUGUCAUCAGGAAUGAUAUGUGCUGGAUUCUUGGAAGGAAAACUCGAUGCCUGUGAGGGUGAUUCUGGGGGACCUCUGGUUAUUGCACGUGAUAGAAACAUCUGGUAUAUUAUCGGAAUAGUAAGCUGGGGAAUAGACUGUGGUAAAGAAAACAAUCCUGGAAUUUAUACAAAAGUGACUCAUUAUCGGGACUGGAUUAAAUCUAAAACUACUAUCUAAUGCAACAACCAUCCACCUCCAAGUGAAAAUGUCAUGUGUGGUGUCUAGGAAAUUGUGUCCAGUAUGUGUUUGCCAUGUAUGCUGUCAUUGAGGUCAAGAUGCAAAUAAGCAUGAUCUGACAACUCUCCCCUUAGAUGUGAGGAAAAAGACAGGCUUUCUUUCACAUAAAGAAGUAUUUUGCUGAAGUGUUUUGCUGACCAUGAACAUAUAAGAACCUGUCAUCUCCUCAAAGAUCCACCAUUGCUGCUGUGUCUCUGAUGACCUCCUUGUUCACCUUUCUAUCCCGACUAUACGCUUCUCAGUUUAGCAUAAUCCAGCAGUUUAAGUAGGUAAGUAGCAAUUGGCUAAGCAUUCUCUAUUUUUUUCCGCUGACAGAUCACACUGUCCUUCCCCUGACUCCACAGUUUUUAACCUUCCUCAUCAAACAGUUCUCAUUAGGAAUCCGUAGGUCCAUGUACUAGGCAAAUCAAGGUAAUUAGUUUUUUGGCCAAUGCUAACACAAAUGAUGGAGGGGCAUUAGACAUGAAGCCAGGACUUAAGAGAUGGCACUACUGUGAGUUCUUUCCCCUUUGCCCUCAGAUGCAUGUUUUACCUCUCUUUGAAAUUUGAAGAAAAACUGUCAUUUACAUUUACACCCAGAUUUUAAUUUCCUUAAACAACUACACUAAUCUUUACUUUUGAACAAUAACAAAAUAUUUGAAUCAGACAGCAAGAGAACUGAAAAUAUUGCCUAGCGCUGGAUUUUGUUUUAAACUAUGUAAAAAUGUCUUUUGAUAUUCAGAAAAGAAAAGUUUCUUGGCCUUUUCACUGAGAAGAGGAGGCAAGGACUGAGUAAGAAUGAGCUUCUUUCCUCUCUAACAAUGGGAGAAGUUCCGAUCUUAGUGUAAAUUUACUUUUCAGUUCUGUUUAAUAAUUUCUUAAUACAGUUUAUUUUCUAAAAACAGUUAUUUUCAAUCAAUUUCAGAACAAUUAAGGAGCCCACAGAAUAAGUCAAUGUAAAUUAGAUAUUCAUAAAUAAUUUAAACAAGAAGCCAGUAUAAAAUUAGACAUUCAUGGAUACUUUGAUGCAAGAUUUUGGGAAAUACCUUACUAUACAAUAUUUCAAUUUUAUGUUUAAAAGUUAGGCAUUAUUUGCAAAAUAGUAUUUAUAGAAAAACUUAACAAUCAAGAAAGCAUCUUUGAAAUGGUUUAAUUCUUUACCUAGGUCAUUUUCAUAUAUAUUUAAAUGCAUUUUUGUGGCACUGUACAUGGCAACAUGACAUGAGUAAUAUUCAACAAAAGUUUUUCUGUGCACCUAAACUUUUAUUUGUUUACCCAUUCUUUUUAUAAUUAAUUAAUUUAGUUAAUGAA